CUCUUUCUUUCCCACUCUUUUUUUUCUGUUCUUUCUUCCCAAUUUCCAAAUCUAAAUCCUAAAAGGCUAAAACCCUAGCCCUAAACCAACGAUUGCAAGCCCCAAUCCAUCUACUACGGCAACGAGGAAGCCGAUUGCUGUUGUGUUGGCCAAGCAAGAAGCUCGAACAGAAAGGUUUUAGCUUGGAUGUGAUGUUUUUGACAAGGAUUUUUGGGAGGACACUCUUUGCUGCGGCCAAAUCCGAGGCUGCAGCUGCAGCUGCUUCUUCUAUGACUCGGCGUAACCCACUGGAGGAGUUCUUUGAAGCUGAUAGAAACCCAGAGGAUGAGAAGCCUGUUGUCUAUGGUAGGAGUUGGAAGGCAUCUGAACUGCGACUCAAGUCUUGGGAUGACCUUCACAAGCUCUGGUAUGUUCUUCUUAAGGAAAAGAACAUGUUGAUGACUCAGCGCCAGAUGCUGCAUGCUCAAAACCUACGUUUCCCCAAUCCAGAGCGUGUUCCCAAGGUGCGGAAAUCAAUGUGUCGAAUCAAACACGUGCUAACUGAGAGAGCGAUGGAGGAACCAGACCCCCGGAGGUCUGCUGAGAUGAAAAGGAUGAUAAACGCCUUAUAAUUUUCUGGACUUCAGUCUUUACACCAGAGCUGGAUGACUAUUGUUGCCGUGCUUCUUUCCAUCUUUCCUCUUUUCUUUUCAUUAGGCUGCUCUUGUCACCUCGACCCCGUUUUGUGACACAAAGAGUGUAAUUGAUACCAGUUGAUCUAUGCUUUCGACAAAAGAACGUUUUCAACCUUCUUGAGGAGGUGAAUGGAAACAUGAAAACAGAUUUGAUCUGAAGGCACAUGACAGAGUUGUGAACUUUAUGAAGUUUACCAUUGGUUUACGAUGUUUAGUAUUCUUACACUUA